GGUAAGCUGGUGUGCAAGUCAUCAUUCUGUUAAUUUUUGUCAAGCUGACGGCAUAGUUUCGACUGAUCACAUUGUCGGUAGAUUAUUUUAUUGACUGGAGAGAUGGCUUCCAUUGGGAGACUCGAUGACAAAGUUGCGCUGGUGACAGGUGCCAGUUCAGGUAUUGGAGCUGGCACAGCCAUAUUGUUUUCUCAGCUGGGAGCCCGUGUCAUCAUCACGGGGAGAAAUAAGGAAAACCUGAAGAAGACAGCAGAGCAAUGCAGCCAGGACUCCAAGUAUAAGCCCGUCCUCCUGAUUGGUGACCUGUCUAAGGAAGAGGACACACAGCGUAUCGUGGACGAAGCCAUCGCAGGUGCAGGCAGACUGGACAUAUUGGUCAACAAUGCCGGAAUCCUGGAAUCUGGCAGCAUUGAAACAACAAGUUUAGAACAAUUUGACAGGAUAUUCAACAUCAAUGUCAGAUCCAUUUACCAUUUAACAAUGUUGUGUGUGCCGCACCUGGUGAAGACAAAAGGCAACAUCGUCAAUGUCUCCAGCGUCACAGGACUCCGAGCAUUUUCUGGUGUCUUGUCAUACUGCAUGUCAAAGAGCGCAAUCGACCAGAUGACAAGGUGUGUUGCUCUGGAAUUGGCUCCUAAACAAGUCCGAGUAAACUGUGUCAAUCCGGGUGUGAUAGUGACAGAGGUCCAUAGAAGAGGAGGCAUGAGCGAGGAAAAGUAUGCACAGUUCCUGGAACAUUGCAAGACAACACAUGCCCUGGGUCGAGCAGGAGAGGUCAGUGAAGUGGCCAAACUCAUCGCCUUCCUGGCCUCUGACAGUGCAUCAUUCAUGACCGGCAACACGGUGGCUGUGGAUGGUGGUCGUCACGUCAUGUGUCCAGAUAAAUGGCCUGGAAAUUAAGUUGUAUUCCCCACACAACAUAUAUGCCUGGGUUUGAGGAUUAGUGUCUCACAUAACAGUGCUCUAAGUAGCGGCCAUGUUGGUCGCAAAUCCAACUUAUAUCUAUGAUUGCAACCUAAAUCUAUCUACUGCUCACGUCUUGGCGACCUAAACCUAAGUAAACAUAAAUGGUGACAAUAUCUGUUUGAGAUGUUGUUUAUGAACUCGUGUUUGCAUGGCCAAUGUCGUAUAAUAAUAAUAAUAAAAUAAUAAUAAUAAAUCCAUUUGUACUGCGCCAGAUUCCAUUCACCAAGUUAAUGCUCACGGCGCUACAUAGUUUUAGCAAAUAAUGCCGAUGAAAGGGGAGUAGAGUUGAUAGUGUUGUGUGAAAAGAUGUGUUUUUAGAUGAGCCUUAAAGGAUGAAAGCGAUGGCGACAGCUUAAGAUCAGAUGGUAGUUUGUUCCAUAGCGGGGAAGCGCAGAACUGGAAAGGUCUCUGACCAAAGGUUUUGAGACGGGUUUCCGGGACUUAUCUUGUGCCCAAUCCCUUUGUCUUUUUGGACAAUAAAAUAUGUUUAAUGAUAAUAACGGAGAGAUCUGGAAGGCUUGUAUACAUAAUUAUUUAUAAGGGUUAUAUAUCAUAUUGUUUCUUAUGUAUGGUUAAUACAAUUACAGGGUUUUCAUAAAUAGCUGUUAUUUUGUACCCUGUUGCAUUUGCAUGAACUUACUGAUAUUGUACAAAAAGGAAAUAUUUACAUUAUUAUUUAGUGUACAUGUCUAUUACAGUUGAAUACCCAUCUUUAGAUUUCACACAAUGAAACCUGGGUGAACAUACCUACCUCAAGUGAAAUAUGCCCCAUCUCAGACUCUCAGUCUGGCUCCUUGGGGAAAAAGAUUGGCUCCCCCAAACUUAGGUUUGGCUCCUAAGAUAUUCAUGUUAGGAGCCACUUACUCCCGAAUAAAAAUCGAACUUAGAGGGCUGCAUUAUGACCUUAGUACUACCCUGACAAUUAAUUAGCUCAAUCACACAGUUUAACUGGUUUUGACAGCCAUUUUGUUGUCAGUGGUAUGUGAUUCAUGAUGUGUACGUGAGAUAUAUGGAUACACUAUAUCAGUCACAGGCGAAUUCUGCAAUACAAUUAUCAAAUUCUGAGAUAAAAUAACCAAAAUUCUGUGGCUAAAAUUUGUAAAUUCUGCAGUAAAUCUGUGGUAAAAACAACCAAUUCCCCUAAAAAUAUUAAUAAAACUCAUGUUUUGAGAUCACAGAAUUCGUCUGGGACUGGUUAAUGAUAGGUACCAUAUUUUAUGUUUAUUUAUAACCUACAUUUGUAGAAGACAUGGACAACAGCUGUCUCAUCCCCUGUGGGUGGGUAUUGCCUGUCUUGUUGUGACAGCUUUACUUGUCUGGGGCAAAGAAAGAAUCUCUGUUACUUCUUGUCUGACUGACAACUUGCAAGAGUUUCACAAGACCUGUAAAUUCUUUCUAGGAAAUUAUUUAGGUAUUUUUUUGUUUCCUUAGAAUUGAUAGGUAAACAAACUCAAAUGACAGAACUAUUUCCUAUACCAACCGAUUAACUUUGAGGUGGUGUCGCAGAUAUUUCUUGUGUUUAACAAUCCAGUGAUUAUAGAAUUAUAUAGGAUGAUUAUUAUCAACUUUUUUUAUCAAAUGUAUUGUUUCUAAGAGUGAUCCUUUUUUUAUCUAGUUUGUUGCUUGUUUUGUUGAUAUAAAAAUAAUGUUUAUUGUUUAUAUUUUUAGAAUUUAUUUAAAGAAUUGAUUUCAAUACUUUUUACCGUUUACCCAGUAAACACAAAAUAAUUUUGAAGUCAAUCCAUAUAAAUACUUAAGUCAAUGAUAAUAACUUCCCAGUCUGCUUAUUUAAUCAAUAAAACAAAGAAACUAUAAACAGCCAUACAAAGUCCAUGACGUUGAUCAGCACAAUAAUGCAACACAAGCCCUGCCCAUUCUGUUAUCAACCAAUCAGAAAACAGUUAUCUGUUAAUGGGUGUGGCCUUUUUCUUUUUUUAGGUUUAUGGACAUUGCUUGGUAAGUCAAUCAAAUGCCAUGGAAUCACUUUUUAUUUAUUCAGACAAUUCAUUUGGGAUGUUAUUUGUAAUAUCUGUGCACAGCCUGCAUAUAAUAAUACCAUGUGACCUUUAUUUGGGAUAUAAAUCUCAUUUAUCAUGAAACUGUU